GGCAGUGGCAGAGGCUGCACAGUAGUAGUACGAUUGAGCGGACAGCCAGCCUGGUGAUCACGAAAGAGAACGGCAUCGUGGGAGUGAAAGGGAGUAAGAGAGUAAGAAAGAGAGAGAGACAGAGAGGGAGAGGAAGAUAGCGAGCGUGUGGAGCAAGUGGCCACCGAGCGAAACUCCACACGAACCGGGACACGGGACUUCAUUCUGCAAACAGCUCUGGAUGCGGCUCGGAUUUUCAUCAGCGGUGCUACUGCAAUCGAAGUUCACUUUGGCUCCGGUGGUCGGUGAUUUCGUCGUCGUCGUCGUCGUCGUCGUCGUCGUCACCAUCGUUGGAUAACAGUGGCUUGCAGUUGUGCGUCCGUGGAGUCUGUGAGUAGUAGUUGUGUCCGCCAUUGAAUCGAAGGUGUGCCCGGAGAUGUCCUUUCUCGGUAACUCCCCAUGACAGUGCAACGUUAUCUCUAGACGUGUUGGAAAAUCGGCUGCUUAACGAAAAGUGCACCUGUGCGCAGUAACCACCACCAUUUUCUGGAUGGACAAUUGAUUCUGGUGAUUUCGAUUAGACAAGAAAAGGCCCUGAAAAGUGAACUGAACGCCGUAUGGAAAAGUGAUUAGAAAUUUUAGGGAGAGCAAUUUUGUGGAUUUGUUCCUGAAUUAACUGACACCCCCCGGGUGUAUCGCUGGCAGUGUUUGGAGUGGCCGUACAGAGUGACGAAAGCAUUUUAAUAUUGCAGUGAACCCAUCAAGAGCUCAGUUUUUGUGAAGAACGAGAACGAAUACAGCGAGCGAGUGGCUCGCGGAAGUGUGUUUCCGGCGGGAAUACGACAUCAUCAACAAGCUAGAACCAACGGAGCAGCAGCAGCCAUAGCAUAGAGCAGGGAAGCCAUACUAGCUGAAACCCCUCCAAAGUGAGGCGGUACUCCGGACCCCGUGCGCUGCAAUCCGACUCCAAGGAUCCCAUUCUUGACGCGGCCUCGUUCGGAGUGCAUCACAUCGGAUAGCAGGGGAAGGCCCAGCCGCUGGAGGCUGGAAAAAUUGACAUCGCAUUGCAAUCGCCGUGACAACGUGUGUGACGGAAUGACGUAGGAACCGGGACGACCGUGCCAUUUACUGGGAGGAAACAGCAUCACGCGCCACUCUCCAACAACGCAAAACAAAACCAAACCGUGACCGAUGGGGACCGAAACCUUCCUGAAGGCCGUCGAGGCGGGCCAGUGCGAAACGGUGCGGACCUUGCUCGACCAGGGGCACGUGGAGCUGGACCAUCAGGAUGCCGCACGCGACGGCAACAGUGCCCUCCAUCUGGCCGUCACUGCGAAGCGCAACAAACUGCGCCUUAUCGAGCUGCUGCUCGAGGCUGGCGCAGAUUGUAAUCUGCGCAAUCACCUGAACCUAACACCGGCUGAGCACGCACUCGACCGUGGCUGUCAGCAUGUGGCCGAACAGAUGCUGCACAAGGAGCUGGACGGUGUGGCGGAUGAUCGUGCCAUGCUGCGGCUGAUCGGCCGUGGAUCGGUCGAACUGCUGAGGCUCUUCCUCGAGAAGCGCGCCUUUGACAUUCACACGAAGAUGAAACUGAUCAAGUGCAGCAUUGAUGAGCUGUCGGUGAAGGGUGUGCUGAUCGCGGAACCGAUGCGUGUUUUUCUCGAGCACGAACUGAUCGCGUACAGCUACGAGUGUCCUUUGGCGGAUCGGCGUAGUGGUCCUGUUGGUGAUGAUGCUGCAGCUGCUGCUGGAUCGAGUUCGAAACGGUCUGCCGAUGGAAGCGAAACGCCCUCGACGGGUGACACAGAGGCUGCUAGGCGCAUAGAGUUAGUGCUAAGCUAUACCAAAUACUUGAGCGAACGGUACGAUGGCGAGAACCUGUGCGAUCUGGAUGACAAGUUUGUGGUGCGACUGCGGGCCAUCUGCGAGUGUCUGUACUUCUUGGAUGAGCAUGUGACACGCGGUGGUGCCCGGACGGCCACCAAGUGGUUGCGCGUUGUCCCACUUACCGAGGUCACCUAUCUGGCCAGCAUAUUUCUGGGCAUUCUGGAGAAGAACGUUGGUUUCGAGAUCUACAAAUUGGUCCUUAACCGAAGCAUGCUGGUCUCGUACCUGCAGGCCGUCAGUGAAACUUUAGCCGGAUUACAGAGCGAUCAACAGGACGGUGGCGAUCGGUCGCUGUUUCAAUGGACUCCUCAGCUGUUCCUGGAUCUCAUCGCGUGCAUCCACGAGCACAAGCUGUCACAGUAUGUGGCACGGCGACGGAGAGCCAGCGCGGAUCUACAGCGCAUUAGUGCACAGACCGAGAACGAUUGGACGUGUACCGAGGAUGAUCGGGCGUUGUUGCAGGCGGAAGUGACACGCGGCGAGUUUGUGGCACUGACUGGGCGAGAGCCGGACGACAGCAAAUGGGGUGUAGCGGAGUAUGUCGCUUAUCUGCGAUCGGUUGGCGGUGAUGAUCAGCAGCAUCAGCAUCAGCAGCAGCAACCGUUGACAGUGGGCCAACUUUGGCACCGAAGGCAUCCGAAGCUCCGCCUCUCGAAGCGACAGGUGGCGUAUGCGGCGAGCAGGCGCGAACUGCUCAAGAUCCGUGCCCACCGGUUGGACGAGCUGAGCCGCAACAAGGUGAAGCAGCUCGAGAAGGAGCUGGCCGGGCGUGAGUUUCAGGCCGUCAUGGGUGGUGGCGGGUUGGGUGGACGCUGCGGCACCACCAUCCGACGGCGGAAUCGUGUCGUCUUCCGUGCCAUCCGUCGCACCUACGAGCAGCUCCGACAGAUGCACACCAUCAAGCGGAUCGCGUCGUACGUCGAGAAUGCGUUGGUCAUCGAUCUGGAUGAUCAAGCGAACGAAACGCUCUGUCUGAUGGCCAUCAAACGGGUGCUGCAGGUCCUGGCAGCAGCAGCAACACCAGGAAGCAACACAACCGAUCAACCACGAUCAUCAACCUUCGCCCGUACGCUUGACAAUCUACUCGAGCACAUCCUGGAACCGUUGCCAGCUCGGGAAGCCGCCGAUGUCCGUGAAUCUUUCUCAUCGCGCUGCUCUGCGGCCAAGUACUUUACUGCCGGUCGGGCACUACUGACGCUCGCUCAAGCUAAGCUGAUACAGGAGCGAUUACGUGCCGUGUACCGGUUCUGUCUGUACGUGAUCAACAUUCACCUGAUCGAGGCAUUCAAGACGUUCCUUGGGACGGCAUAUCGUCUGAGGUCGACGGAGCAACUCCGUUCUUACGCUCGCUACAUCGGUGAACACAAUCUGCACACUCUGAGUCACAUUAAAUUCGAGCAUGUGUUCUACGACGAGCGUGAGACGGGCCGGAUCGUACAGGAACUGAAGCGAAUGUACCUUGGUAUGACGAACGAACUGAAGCUGCUGUCGUUCAUCGAGAAGAACAUCCACUUCCGGUUUUAUCACAUGCAGUACCACCAGACACGGCUACGGGUCACUCUCGCUAAUUUUGCCAUCGUAUACCGGGCGAUGAGAGCGAACCCGGACGCUGGGUGUGUUCGGCGGCUGCUGCACUCCUAUCUGCACCAGAGCUACCAGAAGUACGACAUUUCUCGCUCGAUCUCGAUCUCGGAUGCUAAUCUGGCGCUCAAGGAGCUUCUACGACCUUACAGUAGCGUCAGUGAGAAUGAGGAAACGCUUCAGGUGGUGCAGCAUCUCGAGCAACUGCAGCGUCUCAUGGAUCCGGAUUGUCUGUUUGGGAUACGGGCCAUGACGCACCAAACCCAAACAAACGCAACAAACGCCACCGCCUCCUGCGAUCGGUAUCAGGCGUUAACGCGCAAACUACUCCAGAAGUACGUCCCACCGAGUCCGCUCAGCGAUGAGGAGCAGGGUCAGUUGCACGAGAAGCUGAAGCGAACGUACUACGAGAAUGUGUUUCAGUUGCACAAACGGCAGACCACGAUGGAGGACUUUUAUCGAUCGAAGAGCUUCACCGACAGCAGCACCUGCACCAAGUACCCGAGCGUCGAUCGACAGGACGAAGAGCUGAUGCAGGAGCUGUUCGAUGCGAAGGUGAACGAAAUGGUGGAACUCGUCGAGAAGCUGAUGGAGUGUACCGAGCCCGAGCACCUUCCUGAGGCCAUCGCUGAGUUGCCUGCUUUCGUGCAGUUUGCCCUUGAGUUUGGAUUACAGGAGCUGCUUGAAAUCCUCGUUUCGGUUUCGGUGAUCGAUCGGGAGGUGGAUCGGUAUGCGCUUUUCGGCUCGCCAUCGGCAGCACUCAGUGGUUGCUUGCUGAGGACGUUGCUGGCUGGUGGUUCCAGUGCCAUGGUACUAGAGGCACUCUGCUUCAAAUCGAACGCCACGAUCUUCCUGAACGCGAUCGUCUUCAAGCGACACUCGUUCCGGUUGUACGGUGGCGAUCACGGCCACGAAAUUGAACCAGUGUCGUCGUCAUCAUCGUCGUCGCCGUCGUUUGACCACAAGUUCUCCGAUCGGUUGCGAUGGCUCGAGGAACAGCGCCAACUGUUCGAUGCCGUCCGGAGGCCGGAUUGUGAGCUGGCGGAAGUGCAAUCGUUCGAGCGCGCUGGUGCGGUGAUCGGCGCUACGAGACGGUUCGGUUCGUUGCUACCCAACGAGCUGUGUCAUUACGCGCUAAUCGAUUGUGCAAUCGUCGGUGACUUCCGGGCAAUGAUCGAUCUGCUAGUGGGGGAUGCGAACACCGAUACCACCGCCUGCCAACCUCCUCGUGGUCGUCGUGCGCUGCUCGAGUUUCUGCUACGCCGAACGGCCAAGUCACACUUCAUGGUGGGCCGUCUCGAUCGCCUGCCAGCCGAAGACCGACGGAUGCUGGUGCUGUACCUGUGCGUGUUUCUGGGUGAUGUGCAGCUGUUCCGGACGCUACUCGCACGCUACGAAGCGUACGAUCAGCUGCACCUGUUCGUGCACUCCGACGAUCAUGCGUUUGUCGAUCGGUUGUUGGAGGCGCUACCGGACGAUUACGAUUGGGGACGCACGGAUAGCGCGAGCGGGAUGACACUCCUGCAGAAGCUCAUCAAUGCGGGUAACUUGCCGGCGGUGCAGCGACUGUUGGGCAGGAUGACACGUCCGCAGCUCGAUUCGUUGUGUCGGCUCAAGUACAGUGCCAUUAAUCUGGCCGCACGGUUAAACCUGAUCCCGAUGGUCACACUGCUGGCCGAUGCCAAGGUGAACGUGAACGUGAUGAGCGAAGACGAGAAGCUUCCGGCGUUUUGGUUAAUUCAGUACGGGAACGAUCGUGAGAUCGUGCGGCGUGUGAUCGAUGAGCGGAGUGAACUGACGGCGUUCUCGAGUGAACUGUGUCUGCUGCAUCGCGCUAUCGAGUAUGACAAUGAGGAUGUGCUGAGGUAUUUGCUCGAGGAGCGCCGGGUCGAUCCGUCGCGUAUCUAUUCGAACUGCAACAAUGUGCUGCAUGUGGCGGCUGGGUUCGAUCGGGUACGCAUCCUGCGCUAUCUGCUCACCAAACCCAACCUCCGGAAGCUGGUCAACAAUGGCAAUCUGGUGAAGAACACACCGCUGAGUCUGGCCUGUAAGGAGAGGCACCUGAGGUCGGCACGCGUUUUGCUUGAUGUCGGUGGUGCCAGUACGGAACCGACGGGCGAGUACGGACUGAAUGCGCUCGCCUUUGCUCUGUACACGAACAAUGGACGGUUGGUACGGUUGCUGUUGCGACAUGGUGCCACGAUCGGAGCAGCGCUCAGUUCCGACUUUCAACCGAUCAACAUGGCAAUCCGUCAUCGGAACAUCCGUCUACUGGAGUUGUUGUUGCGGAACGGUGUGGGCAUCGAUAGUGCGCCCCUGUGCUUCCUGAAUGCGGUGGCCAGUGGAUCGCGCGAGAUUGUACAGCUGCUGAUAGAACGGGGUGCGAAGCACGUGAACCAUCGCGAUGAGUUCUGUCAAACGGCACUCCAUCUGUGCGUCGUACGGGACGAGUACGAGAUGGCACGGGAGUUGAUUCGGUACGGGGCACAGAUCAACGCAAAGAACCGGACCGGAAUGACACCGCUACAUCUGGCCGUGCAGCGUGGAACGGUGCGGAUGGUGCAGUUGCUCCUUCUCGACCGGAAGUGCUCGGUGGAUGAGCUGAACUACCAGGGUGAGACGCCGUUAAUACGGGCCGUCGUUAGCAACAAUCUGGCGCUGGUGAAGAUCCUGCUCAACAAUGGGGCCAGCAUCGAGCGACUGCGGAACAGCGAUCCACCGGUGCUGCACUAUCUGGUGCAGGAAAACCACGAACAGAUACUGGACUACCUGCUCGAGCACUAUACACAGUUCGAUGUGAACGAGCAGGACGGGUACGGGAACUCGCUGCUGUACGUCGCCACCCGGCACAACCAUAUCAACAUCGUGAAGCUGCUGGUGGACAAGUACGGGGCGCGCCGGAAUCCGGCCAACCACAAGAAGCUAACGCCGCUCAUGAUCGCCCGGGCCAAGGAGUACAACGAGAUCUUCCACUUUCUCGAGGCGCGCCUUGUUGAGGAGUAAUGGGGGCAGCAGCGCGAGGCGAGGUCGUUUAUUUUGUGUUUAGUAGCAAUUUUAUUUAUUGUCGUAAGGACCAUAGGGUGAAUGUGUUUUUCUCUUUACUUUUUUUUUGUUUUCUAAUGCUUAGCGUAA